UCGGGAUAGUUUUGUUGACGGACAAGAAGAUGGCGCUUUCCAAUGGGAACGUGUGUCGGAGGUUUUUGUUGCUUUUAGCUCAAGAAAACCUGGAGUUCCGGCUCCCGGUGAGUCCGAGUCGGGCCCGGGUUCUGGCCGCCCGGGGAUAGCCGGAGGAGCUAAAAUCCCUGUUUUCUCUUUGUGCUGGACAGUUAAGGUGUGAAGAAAACUUUGAUGAAAAGUCUCCAUUCUGGAUUCUCCAGAUUCCCUCUGAGGACAUGGCAAAAGGAAUCAUGAAACGGACAGUGUGUGCAAAAUCAAUAUUUGAAUUGUGGGGUCAAGGAAGAACACAUGAAGAACUUUAUAACUCACUGAAAAAUUAUCCUGCAGACAGAAUGAUCCCAUUCCUUCAUUGUGGUUCAACAUAUCAGAUAAAGGUUUAUGCAUUCAAUAAAACAUUGACACAAAAAGAGAGGAUUCAAAAGAUAGAUAAUUUAGACUUCCUUCCCUUUCAAGGAACAGUGAAUCUAAAGAAUCCAGAGCAUGUGUUUUGGUUACUUGAAGACUAUGGUACAGACCCGAAUCAUGCUCCAGAGAAGCCUUUUUCUAUUUAUUUUGGAAGAUGGAUUGCAGAUGGUCGGAGGGAGUUAAUCAACUUGUACAGCGUGAAGAAGCGUCACUUCAUUGGGAAUACCAGUAUGGAUGCAGGUCUCGCCUUUCUAAUGGCAAAUCAUGCAAAAACAAGAGCCAAUGACUUGGUAUUUGAUCCAUUUGUAGGAACAGGUAGUCUUCUUGUAGCUUGUGCCCAUUUUGGUGCCUACGUAUGUGGAACAGACAUUGACUACAACAUUAUUCAUGGACGUGGUAAGGCCAGCAGGAAAAACCAGAAAUGGAGAGGACCAGAUGAGAACAUCCGGGCUAACCUUCGCCAAUAUGGCUUGGAGGAAUUCUAUAUUGAUGUGCUUGUUUCUGAUGCCUCAAAAAAUAUAUGGAGGAGAGGGAAGUUGUUUGAUGCAAUCAUCACAGAUCCUCCAUAUGGCAUAAGGGAAUCCACAAGAAAAACAGGAUCACAGAAAGAAAUUUUAAAACCAACAGAGGAAUACAUGGAAAGUCAUGUCCCAGUCUCUGUGAGUUAUCACUUGAGUGACAUUUUCAUUGAUCUUCUGAACUUCGCUGCAGAAAACCUGGUCAUGAAUGGUCGUCUGGUUUACUGGUUACCUGUGUAUAAACUUGACUACUCUGAAGAUGUUAUCCCCCAGCAUCCUUGCCUGAAACUUAUUAGUAACUGUGAACAGUCUCUCACAACCCAUACAUCGCGGCAGCUGAUUACAAUGGAAAAAGUGAAAGAAUUUGAGGAUAAGGAUCGAUAUGCCCAUCUUAUUGAUGCAAAGUAUAGUCCAUAUAUGGGCCACAAUUCAUUCCGUGACAAGUACUUCAGUGGAGUAAUGAAGAAGAUUUCUAAAGAAAAUUGAAAUAUUCAAAGCUGAACAGUUCAAAUCUAUUUUGAACCAUGAAAUGUCUUUAAAGGACCAUUUUAUUUGGCUGUUUUACCAAACUAAAGUCAUUAAGUUUGAGAGUCAGAAAUGAUGAGUUCUGAAUUGCUUUAUAUAUUAAAUGGCCAAAUAGAAUAUGUAUAAGCUGUUAAAACAACAAAUAUCCUUUUGUAUGAAUUAAGUAUAUUUGUAAAUAAUUUAUUUGUUAUGAGAGAAAAACACAAAGGAAUCCAGUUUGUAAAGCAAAUCACGCAUUGAGCUGUAACAAGAAGUCAGUAUUGAGCCAAAAUAGGUUAUCCUGUCAUAUUAUAAAUAAAAUUGAAAGAAUGUAACAA